AUGGCUACCACCAAAGAAACCCCCCUCGCGACCUCGAAUACCGUUACCCAUCAGACUGAUCCCAAACUCGACACGCCCGAUCGUGGCCCGCCGGGAUUCCCUGCUCGGCACAUAGCCAACCCCCCGUCGUCUGAUUCUACUCGAUCUCUAAAACGAAUCGUACUCACUCAAAGGCCACCGGUGCCCGUCCCUCGUUUCAGCUUUCGGGAUAUGUUGAGUAAAAACUGGGCCCAUGUUGAGAUGAACUUUGCUGAUGAUGACGAUGCGGACCUUGAUGAGGAUGUUACUAUUGACUAUAACACCGACGAACCGGAUAUCAAGAUGAAGGAUUCAUUCUAUGAUUCUCUACUCCUGACUUGGAAAAAUGUGGUUAUCAUCAAGGAAGCUCCUAACGGUACCCAUCCACCGCUGGGAGGUCAGACCUCGGGUUCUGCGGAGAGUGACGAAAAGGCGGUGAAUGAUCAAGGAGACAGACUUUAUGGACCAUGGCUACUGACCAAGAACAAAGGGGCCUCAAGACAUCUGCUGUCGGAGGACAAUGGGGAUAAGGGUACUGCCCAGGACAAAUCCCUUCCUAGCAAUUCCUUUUCUUUCUCUAUGGCGGGGAAUAAGUAUGAUAAAUCGCCUUUGGAACAAAAUACCGCUAAACCAAAUGGUACAGAUGCAUGGCGGGUAGUAGGGAGGAGGAAGAAGGAUAAGGGAAAGGAAAAUAUCGGAGCACCUGCUCGCCAUGCUUCUACCUCUAAGACUCCAGCCAGUAGUGGGGCUGUCAGUGAGCCCAGGACUGUUUCUGAGGUUUCAAACAGGGGACACGGUGUGGCCGGAAUGGUUUCUUCACAUUACAAGGAGAGGAGGGCUCAGGCCCAAGUGUUGUUCAUUUCUGCUGGUAGUGGCCUAGACCCUAUGAAGCAUCAGGUAUCCCAUAUUGUCGAAAGCCCACGUAAAAAAAACAAUCGGAAUUCCUCCGGCCCGAUUGGGGUUGACAUACCUAAUACUGCAGCUAUGGCUGUCGACUCAGCGCCAUUAUGA